GGUUGUCAGUCGAAACUUUUUUCUUUUUUAAGAUAACCCCCCCAAAAAAGUGUUUUAUUUGUGCAUAGUUCUUAGUUUCAGUGAUUUAUCUGUAGAGCGCGUGCCUGUUGUGAAUAUUCGUUUUCUCGUAGCUUUAUAUGUUAACGAGGAAUAUAUAUAUGUAUUUUUAGACGGAACCGACAUUUGGGACAUUUUAUUUUAGAUUACCUUCACUGUUUUAAUUAUUUUAGUUAGGCAGAAAGCAAUGUUGUCCCUGAGGGUUGUCGUUUUCGCCAGCCUGGCUUUUGUACUAGCGGCACAAGAUUUUGAUCUUUCUGAUGCUCUCGAUGAUGCAGUCCCCACAAAACCUCCCAUCAAACCUGCAGUUGAAAAGCCAAAGGAGCCUUCAAAUGAACUGGACCUUGGGGAUGCCCUUGGUGGAGGAGAAACAUACCCAAAGCCUACAAAGCCAGCUGCCAAGCCUGCCCCACGUGACAAAGGCAACUCAGACUUCGACUUGUCUGACGCUCUUGGUGGAGGAGAUUCCAAGCCAAAAGAUCCAGACCGAAAGCCUGUGCCAGGUGGCACCAACACAGGUUCAGGUGGAAACUUUGAUCUGGAUGACCUGAAAGAUGCUGUUGACGGUGGUUACAAUCCAGAUGAGAACAAAGGAAGAAGUGCAGGUGGCUCUUCAGAUACCAACGUAGGUGGAGAUGUUCAAGACAACCCAUGGAAAGAGCUCCUGGAGCUACUAUGUGCUAAUAUGCCAGAGCACGUCCUAAUCUGGAUAAAGAAUUUACAACAAGUUGUUGAGCCUUUGAAAAAACAUCUCUUGGAGAUACUCAAUGUUGUCAUUAAUUAAUGUGACAGUCCUUUUCAAUUCAUUGAAUGCAUAGGAGGCCAACUGUCACUUAAAUUUAAUAUUCUGGAAGCUGUACAUUUUUACCACAACUUUUUGUGAAAUGUUGUGGAUAUUGGGGUGGGCCUCCUUGUUAAAUUGUGGGUGUAGCAGGGAACUCUAGAUUGUCCUAUUCCAGUUAUUCUUCUCUUUUUUUAGAAUACAAAGCACAGCUUUAAUCUAGUGUGCACACAUUUGUGGUUCAGGUUUACCUUUUUGUGUUCUGUAACAAGUGUCUGGUAAUUUGUUCAGAGGAAACAGAUCAGGUAUAUUUAAAGGUUAGUAUCCUGGGUUUAGCAGGGUUUUUUAGCAGGUCUAAUUUUUUAUAUUUACAAGACUCCUGUUGCAAAACUAGUUUUGUAAAAGUAUCCUGAGGCAUUCUGUGUAUUUAGAAGUUACUUUGCUGAUGUCACGACCACAUGGCAAGAAAUCUGCUUCAAAAAGUAUUUUAGCACCAAAAUUGCAAUUGAAAUACCACCUAGAGACACAGAAAUCCACAUAUAUUUGUAGUAAUGUGUUUAUCAAACAUCUUACUUGAGAUUUAGAAAUAUUACCUUUUUUAAGCAUGUUAAGUCAAGGUUUUCUCCAGGACUUUUCAGCUGGGCAAGCUGCCCGGCUAAGUGACUGUCGCCGCCAACAACUCGGAUCCGCCCGUCUUGCAGAUGUUACUGUGCCUUUAACAAUAAGGAUUGAUUGUGCUGGUAGCCGACUAGAUCACUUGCAUGUGCUGGCUUGAAUAAAAAAAAAAAAGUUGGAACAUGACCGCUAAAUGUGGAAAUUUACCAAACCUCUUGUUUUUAGUGAACAUGGUCCCCUCCAGUCAGUUCCCCUCUCUCUAGUUGCCAUGAUGGAUGUUUUGGUUUCUAUCAAGAAGCUGGGUAAUGUAAGGGGUGGGACAUUAUGAAAAGGAACAGUGGUUACAGUGGCAAUUAAUUGCUAUAGCAUUUUUACUUUGAGUCUCCUGCUAUUGCAUUCCAAAGAGAAAUUAUGAAUAGAGAUUUCAUGUUACUCAUAAAACGAAAUCUCAAACUGGUUCAUGUCACUAAAUCCAGUAAAUGCUACUUUUACUCUAACAGUUCUCAAUUGUAUAUGUGCUUUUAAAUGGCGGCACUGCAUUUUUUAAAGUCUUUAUAUCUACACUGAAGCUGCAUCCACACUGGACAGAGCGACGCAAGCGAAGUCGCUGAAUGUCAAUCCACACCAGAUGCGACAUGGAAACAAUCCAAGAGACUGGAAAUAAAUGCACCAAGGCAUUGUCUGUCUUCUGGAUGUCUUUGUACUCAUUUAAUUUGCAAUCAUAUGGUAAUGGAUACUGCUGUACCGCAUAUAAACUGUCGUCCAUGAUUAACUUUUUUUUUCAGGCAUGACGUAUUUUGAGGCGUGUGUUAAGGAUGUUAACCUUUCUUCUGAUUGGUCAGUUUCAUUCCAGUUGCGAAACAAAAAAAAAAGGUUCUAUUUUAGCGACGCGACAUUCAAAAAGUGACGUUGCUCGCUGCUGGUGUGGAUACACCCAUUUGACUGCAGUGACUUACAGAUUAUUUGCUUGCAUCCAGUGUGGAUGCAGCUUAAACCUAAUUUUGGUGGUUUGAAGACAAUAAUUGAUGGCUUUUUUAUUUUUUUAUAAUUGUGACUGGUCAUAGAUCUGUCCUUUUUACAGUAACAUUUGACGUGUAUUGGUAAAUGUGACCUUUUGUUUCAGGUAAAUGCUUUUAAAGAAACAGAUUUGUAGUUAUUUCCUAUUCUGAUUUGGUUUUGGAUUAAAAGAGAAUCCCUCUUGUAAAAUGUCUAAAAGUGAAUAAAAUUACUUUUCAAAGGGGCAUUAGUUUUUUAAAUGUAUUUUGUGAAUGGGUUGUACACCGUACAAUAAAUGUAUCCUAGUAAAAUAAAAUAUUUUUUCCCCCUGAAA